UACUAGAUAUUACUAUUAUAGUGACUACAAUGGUUAAAAGUUACUAGUAUAAUACAUUAUAUUACAAAAUUAAAAUCAUCCAUAGAUCAUUUAUACAUUCACAGAGUGAAGCAGCGGCUCUAGCUUUAAAUUUUUUUAUGUUGGCCAAAAUAGAAUAAUUGAUAUACACAAAAACACGCAACUACUUUAAUGCUUUCCUAUACAGCCAUUGCAGAAGGCAGUUUUUUUACAAAUUACUGUCUUAAUUAAAUAUAUAAUUAUAAUAUUGAACUUUAAAUAUUUUAUGAUAGUGCUGGUGAUUUAAAUCACACAUCUUUGCCAUGUGUUAAUAUUAAAGGAAGUUUCUUGCUGAAAUGCAUUGUCAAGUUACAGUUGCUGAAGGGUCGUUGAAAGGUAAAGUUUGCAAUACUCCCUGUGGUAAAAAGUAUUACAGCUUUGAAGGCAUUCCCUACGCAAAACCACCUCUUGGACCACUUAGAUUCAAGGCUCCAGAAAAGAGUGAAGAUUGGUAUGGAGUUCUUGAUGCAACAAAACCAGGAAACAAAUGUGUACAAGUGAACCUAAUUGAUGGCUCAAUUGAAGGAUCAGAAGACUGCUUAUAUCUAAACAUCUACACUCCAUGUUUGCCAUGUGAAAAAAUACAAAAGCUCCCAGUUCUGUUCUUUAUACAUGGUGGCAGGUUUUUAAUGGGCUAUGGUGAUUAUCACCGACCAGAUUAUUUGAUACGACAAAACAUUAUCUUAGUUACAAUUAAUUAUAGGCUAUCUAUUUUUGGGUUUCUUUGCCUUCACACACCAGAAGUUCCGGGAAAUGCAGCACUUAAAGAUACUUCUAUGGCAUUAAAAUGGGUACAAAGUAACAUAGAACAUUUUAACGGUGAUAUAAAUAAUAUUGUAGCAUUUGGAGAAAGUGCUGGAGCGGCUAUUGCAAUGUCCUUCCUAAGCUCAAAAAUGAUUGAUGGUAUUUCAAAGAUAAUUGCGCAAUCUGGUACAGCUCUAUCUGAUUUGUUUAUGGUAGAUGAUGACCCAGUCGAAAGGGCUAAAGCAAUUGGCACAAGUUUGAGUCACAAAGUAAGAAAUACAGCGGAACUAUAUGAUUUACUUAUAAAUGCUUCUGCAGAGGACUUGAUCCGGGCAUAUAUGUCACAGGAAUUAGGUAGAGAUAUUACUACCAUACAUGCGUACCUUCUACCCGUAGUGGAAAAACAAUUCGAGAAUACCAAACGGUAUUUUGACGAAUAUCCUCUUCAGUCGAUAAGAAAUAAUCGAUCUAAAAAUAUACCCUGCAUCUUUAGUAUGGCGUCCCAUGAAGCUGCAUUAUUUUUGAACCGUGACGAUUCUGGUAAUAUUAUUUUCGUCAAUAAUUUACGAAAAUUUAUACCAAACUACGCAUUUGUCGACCGUGAAUCGAAACAAGCGUACAAUAUAGAGAGGGUAUUGAAAAAAUUGUAUUUUCAAAACAAAGAAAUUGGUCCUUCGACGCUUCCGGAAUAUCUGAAAUUUAUGUCCGACGCGUACUUCGCUCGCGACUUCGUUUAUACAGCUGAAAUUUUAUCAUCAAAAUGCAGUUUUUAUAUAUGCAGAUUCGACUAUCUGGGAAGUAUGAAUACGCGGAUCAUGAAAAAGCUCGGUGUUGAAGGUACAACACAUGGUGAUCUAAUACAAUAUGUUUUUUAUAAGGAGAAAAAAGCGAAAUCAUGUAACGAUAGUGAUAGAGCGAUUAUAGAUAUGUUGUGUGAGACGUGGUGUAAUUUCGCGAAGACUGGAAAACCAUCGUGGAAACAUCAAAACACCGAGUGGUUACCAUAUAAGAAGAGCCAAAAAUUAUGCCUUAAUAUAGCUGAAAAUAAUAUUCAAUGCAUACCGUUACCAGAGUUCAGUAGGAAUAAGGUUUGGAUAGAUCUAGUAUGCCAAAGGUCUAAAUUAUAAUUAAUGUUAGACGCAGUAUUUUCUUCCUUAAAUUAGCAUGAUGUAACUUAACUAGGGAGCUGGCGAGCAAAAUGUUUGUAUGAUUUGUGUAGCAGAAUUUUUUAAGGCAUAUUAAUAACCACCUCUGCCACCAUGGUAGCGCUGCGUUGUCAAUUGACACCCCUUUAAAAUUAUAAAACAGGUAUACCAUAUCAUUUGCUGAUUUUCUUCGUUAUCUUUUGUUAGAGAUUUACUCCCCUGUAGCUUAAAAACGCAACGUACGACCUUAAUUCAUUAAAAAAAAAACUAUCGUACUGCUCAGAACUUUCAUUCCUAUUAAUAUAAAAUGCGAGCCAAUGAUAUAUGUAAAUGCUUGCCAGCACCUUAGAAAAUACUUUCUUAUCUAGCGGCUUAGGACUUGUCGACUUAAUAAAGUGCUACUGUGACUUAACUAUCAGGGGUAUGUCUAAUAAUCGUAAGUAAAAUGUAACGAAAUGAUCAAUUUUUAAGUUUUAUAUUAAUGGUUUUACUGCAUUUAUAACGCACAUUUUUUUUUUCUAUUGGAACACUUAGAGUAUUAUAAACGUUUGUUUCUACUUGCAAGAACUUAAAAGUAUUGUGAUUGUUUAGUUUUAACACCUGAAAUGAUAUGUCAAAUGUCAAAGUCAAGCUGGUGAAUUUGACAUGACUAUCUGUGGCUUUAUAAUCUUAAUAAUUUGUAACUUAGCCUAGUCUUAAUUGAUUCACUUUUUGAAAUAUCGAAUGGCGUUGCUCGACUGUCAUUGGUCAAACAAAACGAGCUACUUGAAUGGUGGAACAAACAAACGUAACACGCCAUUAGUUUCUUUCGUUUUAAGACAGUACACGAAAUGAAUUCCGUUAUUAUAUAUUCCUUCCAAGGGUUUCGCCACCCGUUUGUCAAGAGAGGGCAGGGUCUAAUAGAUGUUGAUACAGAGAAUGGGAAACCCGUCAAUAUGGUCUGACUUUACAGUAAAAAACAUAUUAACAUAGUAACUAAUAAGAUAUAUAAUUAUAUAAAAAA